AUGCGAUGGUUGAACGCAUUAGCCGCGAUAAGUUUGGCCCAUGCUUUAACUUCAACGGUAUCUCCGCAGUUGACAACUUUGUCAGCAUGCACGUGGCCAUCAUGUAUGCCACAUUGCAUUCCGUGCAAAGAACGUCAGGUCGGAACCUGUUAUUUCGCCGGUAUAUUCGGUGACCUUGGCAAGUGCGACCCGACGAAAGGACCCACGGAUUGCUUAUUGGGCAAAUGCUUGUGCAAAGACGGUUAUUGCGCAGAUGGCGACAUGUGCAAGCCGCAGGUAUGCUUCGCCGGUGCAGAACCACCACGGUUUCGACCAAAUCGUUGGCUCGCAUUCUACAGCGGAAUGAGUGACCUUGAGCAAUUUCCCGAGUACGAAGAGUUGGAAGAGGAGUACGUCCACUUCGCGUUGAGGAUAUCUCCAGUGCCGCUUCUUUUCCUACUUCUGGGCGUCGUCGUGUCAGUCACGACUUGUGCUUGUUUAUGUUGUGGUGGCAGCGGAUACCACUUCAGCAUGGAUUUUUCAGACAUGACGCAUGACGAGACGAAAGGCUUUGUGUCAGGCACAACUGGCAAUGCAGUGAUCGGAGACGAGGAGUUUGCUAGACGGGCUUGGAAGAAAAGACCCUCGUGUAUUCCCAUGUUCUGCGCCGCGCUUCUCAUCAUCCUUCUGUGUUUCUUUGGUGGCCUUACCCGGAUCGUCAAUGCUGCUUGGACAGAGUACAUCAUCGUUUCGUCCCUCGACCGGGCGAUGGACAACGCGGUCGACAUUGCAAACGCAAGCUUGACAAUCAACGAAACGGUCACAAACUUGCAUGACAAGCUGUUGGAGCUCCCGUUGACGUGCAAGACGGACAGCAAGGCUGCCAAACAAGUCCUCUACACCUUUGUGCACAGCGCUCUCGGUGCGAUCGACGACUAUGUCGAGCAAGUGUACUUCAUAGUCGAGACAAUUCAACCCAUUCCUGAUCAAAUUGGGAAAUUCAAGCAGUUGACGCAUCGUGCAAAGCCCUUCUUUGCAUCACUCCCAUUGGCCCCGCUCUGGCUUGUGGCGUUUAUCUGCAUCGCAAUCGUGGUAGAGGCAACAUGUACCACUUGCUGCCGAAGCAGCUCCCUGGCAAGGUGUGUGGACGUAGGCCUGAAGUUGUCGGCCCUCCUGUUUGGGCUCAUCGUUUUUGUGGUUGCGGUGCUGGUUUGCGUGGAGACGGUAGCGCUAAUAGCUCUCAGCAAGUUCUGCGAGGAUGUUGAUCACAACGUUUUGUCCUACGUAAAUUCCACCACGUACAAUAUUUCGUACAUCAUACCAGAAAUUGCAAACUACUACAUUCGCGGCGGGGACCGGAAUCCAAUCGACGAGUACGACACCCUCGCGAUGAAGUACAUCAACCAGAUUCAGGACUACUACAAUCAGGCAGCCAUCGGGGUAGCCGGCUUGGGCCUGGCUUGCCCCGCAUUCUUCGAUUUGGACGUUAAUGCGAUUGCAACCAAAGCACGUGGAAUCUUGGGAAAGGCGAGGGAGCUGUUGAAGGGCGAGAAUAUCUACCCCUACUACAGGAAGGUCGUUCGUGCUGGGAUCUGCAACGUGGUCAUCAGCGGUGUCGGAUGGAUGUGGCUGUUGCAGGUCGUAGUGGGAAUGGUACUGUUUCCGACUUGUGCCAUCUUGACCCACAGAUUUCUUGUGAGUUGGGCAGCCUGGCAGAAGGUCAAGGAGGCCCGACGGGCCAAGAAGGUGGACCCUCAGUCAGAUGACAGCAGUGAUUCUGACGAUGGCAGUGUCGUGAGUGACAUGACAUCUGGGACAGAGCGGAGCCCCAUGAUGGGCAGACAAAUGCUGCCAGCAGCACCGUAA